AUGUUCCUUUUGUACAUUGAAGCAAAUUCUAUUUGCAAUAGCAAAGGACAGAAAACAAAGGCUUCGGAGGAUGGGUGUAAGCACAGAACAUUGAUGGAGUUUUCCCUCAAAGACCUCUAUGCCAUCCAGGAAAUUCAGGCUGAAGAAAACCUGUUUAAACUCAUUGUCAACUCGCUUUGCCCUGUCAUUUUUGGUCAUGAACUUGUUAAAGCAGGUUUGGCUUUAGCACUCUUUGGAGGAAGUCAUAAAUAUGCAGAUGACAAAAACAGAAUUCCAAUUCGAGGAGACCCACACAUCCUUGUUGUUGGAGAUCCAGGCUUAGGAAAGAGUCAGAUGCUGCAGGCAGUAUGCAAUGUUGCUCCGCGUGGUGUGUAUGUGUGUGGUAAUACCACGACCACCUCUGGCCUGACUGUAACUCUUUCAAAAGAUAAUUCCUCUGGGGAUUUUGCUUUGGAAGCUGGUGCCCUGGUACUUGGUGAUCAAGGUAUUUGUGGAAUAGAUGAAUUUGAUAAGAUGGGGAAUCAACAUCAAGCUUUGUUAGAAACCAUGGAACAGCAAAGUAUUAGUCUUGCUAAGGCUGGUGUGGUUUGCAGCCUUCCUGCAAGAACUUCCAUUAUUGCAGCUGCAAAUCCAGUCGGAGGACACUACAAUAAAGCAAAAAUAGUUUCUGAGAAUUUGAAAAUGGGGAGUGCCCUACUAUCAAGAUUUGAUUUGGUCUUCAUUCUGUUAGACACCCCAAAUGAGCAUCAUGAUCAUCUACUCUCUGAACACGUGAUUGCAAUAAGAGCUGGAAAGCAAACAACUGUUAGCAGUGCUACAGUACCUCAUGUGAGCAGUCAAGAAUCCAAUACUUCUAUACUUGAAGUGAUUUCUGAGAAACCAUUAUCAGAAAGAUUAAAGGUGGUUCCUGGAGAAAUAAUAGAUCCCAUUCCCCACCAGCUGCUGAGAAAGUACAUUGGCUAUGCUCGGCAGUAUGUCUACCCAAGGCUAUCCACGGAAGCUGCACAAUUUCUUCAAGACUUUUACCUGGAGCUCCGGAAACAGAGUCAAUGGUUAAAUAGCUCCCCAAUCACCACUAGGCAGCUAGAAUCUUUGAUUCGUCUAACAGAGGCACGAGCAAGGUUGGAAUUGAGAGAGGAAGCAAUGAAAGAAGAUGCUGAGGAUAUAGUUGAAAUUAUGAAAUAUAGCAUGCUAGGAACUUACUCUGAUGAAUUUGGGAACCUAGAUUUUGAGCGAUCCCAGCAUGGUUCUGGAAUGAGCAACAGGUCAGCAGCCAAAAGAUUUAUUUCUGCUCUCAACAACAUUGCUGAAAGAACUUAUAACAAUUUAUUUCAACUUCAUCAACUUCGGCAGAUUGCCAAAGAGCUAAACCUUCAGGUUGCUGAUUUUGAAAACUUCAUUGGAUCACUAAAUGACCAAGGUUACCUCUUGAAAAAAGGCCCAAAGCUUUUCCAGCUUCAAACUAUGUAA